AUGGGAUCCACGCGGGAAACGCCAACGGAGCGUAUACUGCAGUUUCCAAGUGGCACCGACAAUAGUAGAUUUACAUCCACUUCAGAAGAAGAGUCAACAGAUGGGUCAGAAGGGGAAGACAGCGAUGCAAGGGUCCGGGACUAUCAGCAAGAAUUCAGCUCUCUCCUGGCUGAUGUGAACUCAGCAAUAGAGGAGCUGGGAGGCAAAGUAGCCCCAAAGCUGAACUGGAGCGCACCCCUGGACGCAGUGUGGAUGCUACCUGGCAGAAGCCUGAAGUGCGAAAAUGCAGAUGAGGUGGUGAUGCUCCUGAAGAGCUCUGAUCGGGUGGCCCACGAUAUCUGCCAUGCCUUUGACCACUGUCCUGGUGGUCCAUCUCUGCCGCGACCAGAUUUCUUUCUGGCCCUCAGAAAAUGGUACGAUCUGAGGCCUGAGGGCGAGUUCAGGGCAUUCGUGCGGUCCCAAGAGCUGGUGGGAGCAUCGCAGCGCGACGUGUCACAGCCCUUUGCAAUGGCUGCUGGUCAACGAGCUACUGUUCGGGAGCUACUGUUGGAGUUUCAUAAGUCGCACAUCCAGAAUGUCUUCCCACUUGGCGAUUGUGAGUGA